AUGGUCGAUGGCUUCCGGGGGGUGUCGGUCGCGGAGGACGUGCGCUUCAAGAACAAGGAGAGCGCGCUGCUCAAGUCGACCAAAUUUCCCGAAAACUUUGACCAAAAGGUCGACACGUCGAAAGUGAGCAUGGAGGUGAUGCGCCCGUGGAUCGCAGAGCGCGUCGAGCUCCUGCUCGGCUUUGAAGACGACGUGCUGGUCGAGUUCAUCUCGGGGCUCCUCGAGAACGAGACCUUUCCGGAUCCCCGCCAGAUGCAGAUCGCCAUCACGGGGUUCCUCGAGAAAAAGGCUAGGCCGUUCAUGGCCGAGCUAUGGUCCUUGCUGCUCUCGGCGCAGGACUCGGUGGGCGGUAUUCCGCGGGCGUUUGUCGAGGAGAAGAAGCGCGAGAUGCAACAAAAACGGUCAGAGACUGAUGGGAUGAUGGAAGAGGUCCGGCGGCGGAAUGCGCCACAUGCGCCAGGGCGGCACGAGGGGCGGCUGCCAAGCCGCUUUGACCACGGACGGCCGCCGGUCGAGGCCGAGAGCCGGGGGUCGUACCGCCGCCGCCAGCCCGAUGAAUUUGUCGACAAGCGCGGAAAUGUUACUCGCCGCGAGCGCGACGCGGGGUGGGGGCCGCGCGCGCGCACGGAUGCCGAGGACCGGAGAGAUGACCGCCGAAGCGACACAGACGAGCGGCGGCCGAGGAACGACGAGCGGUACCGCCGCGACCGUUAUGACGACGAGCGCUCGGACCGCGAGCGGUAUCGCCGCGAACGAUACGACGAUGAGCGCUCGAGCCGCUACGAUGAGCGCUCGAGCCGCUACGAUGGGCCCUCGAGCCGCUACGAUGGCCGCCGGUCGACGAGCCCCGACCCGACGCCCGAGCGGCGCAACCCAUACGCAUAG